UGUAUCUGAGUGUGUGAUCUCACUAGUGGUUAAGUGUGUGAGUAUCUCACUAGUGGUUAAGUGUGUGAGUAUCUCACUAGUGGUUAAGUGUGUGAGUAUCUCACUAGUGGUUAAGUGUGUGAGUAUCUCACUAGUGGUUAAGUGUGUGAGUAUCUCACUAGUUGUUAAGUGUGUGAGUAUCUCACUAGUGGUUAAGUGUGUGAGUAUCUCACUGGUGGUUAAGUGUGUGAGUAUCUCACUGGUGGUUAAGUGUGUGAGUAUCUCACUGGUGGUUAAGUGCGUGAGUAUCUCACUGGUGGUUAAGUGUGUGAGUAUCUCACUGGUGGUUAAGUGUGUGAGUAUCUCACUAGUGGUUAAGUGUGUGAGUAUCUCACUGGUGGUUAAGUGUGUCAGUAUCUCACUGGUGGUUAAGUGUGUGAGUAUCUCACUAGUGGUUAAGUGUGUGAGUAUCUCACUGGUGGUUAAGUGUGUGAGUAUCUCACUGGUGGUUAAGUGUGUGAGUAUCUCACUAGUGGUUAAGUGUGUGAGUAUCUCUU